GUAGAAACUGUAGCUUUUUGCAGGAAAUGAAUGUCAUUCAGAAACAGGAUGAAAACUGUUACUGCUAUGUGCAAAACAGAACCAUGCGCUUACAGUACAUUUGGUCGACUCUCCAGAUAAAAGUCAACAGCAGAGAAAUGUUCAGGUUUGAGCCUAUUUCAGAAAAAAGCAACUGUCGUAAUUCAGAAACUGUUUUUGAGUUUGCUGUGUGUGCUGUUCAAAUCUGGAAACCAGAGACAUCUACAGAAACUUUCAUAAGCAUAAAACAGUAUGGAGAGGAUAUUUGUUUCAAAAUACAGCCCUUCAAAACUGAACCGUACACUGUGAGUGUGAAACGAGAAAUGCUAGAUGGAAAGCUCUUGUUUUUGUUUGUAGCUGGAAUUUUUCUGUUCCAUUUUGCAAACAGCCUGAGCAGGAGUACCAACUUCUUUUACCUUUCUGGAAUAAUACUGGGUGUUCUUGCUCUUCUAGUCUUUGUCCUGUUGACACUUAAAAGGUUUAUUCCAAGGCGCAGUACUUUCUGGAUCUUAAUGAGUGGCUGCUGGAUAUCCUCUCUAUAUUUUAUGUACUGCUUUAAAGAGAAUAUGCAGUGGUUGUGGUCUGAAUACAGAAACUACUUGUUGGGGUAUUUUCUGGCUGUCGGAAUUAGCAGCUUUGCCAUUUGCUAUCAGCAUGGACCGCUUACCACUGAACUGAGCAUAACGUUGUUCGCAUGGACGUUACAAUUGACAGCCUUUGUCUUGAUGUAUUGUGGUGUCACCGUACCUCAAGUUGCAUAUGCCGUAAUAGCAGUCAGCCUCUGCUCAAAAGGCCUGUGUUACCCCCUUGGUGCUGCUUGUCACAUCAGCAGAAAAAUGAAGAAUCACUUUAAAUCAAAAAAGUUAGUGUUUAAAUGCCUUACUGAAGAGGAGUAUCGAGAACAAGGUGAAACAGAAACAAUCAGAGCUCUGGAGGAGCUACGCUCAUUCUGCAGGAACCCUGACUUCCCAUCAUGGAUAGCUGUAUCCAAACUCCAGUCCCCCCAUAGGUUUGCAGGCUUUGUUCUGGGAUCUCCCCACGUCUCACCUGCAGAAACAAAGGCGCAUGAGGAGGAAUACGGCAUUGGGAGCUUCUUCCUGGAAGAGCAGCUCUUUGAAACAAGGACAGAAUCUGAGCAAGAUGAUCCAGCCAGUUCCAUCCAUGAAGGAGAUGAGGAGGAUGAAGAUGAAAUGCAUAAACGAAUUUCAUUUCCAUAUGCUACUGAGUUGCUCUGA